AUGCACGGUUCACAAACCAUGUCGGCCGCUUCUUUAGAGCCCCCGACCUACCUCAACUCCCUACAGAACAACAUUCGAGCUCGCCCUAUUCCGUGGGAUGGAGCUGUCCGAGCCGGAAACAUCACAGAUGACCAUUUGAAAAAGAUCAAAGCGGUAGACAAGGUUCGCAAGGAGCAGCGGCGUCAGACAAUUGAAGGAGAUAUCCCCGGGUAUGUGAGCUUGCUGGCAGGAGGUUCCGCUGGGAAGAGUGUCCUGGAGGCGGCCGCAAGGAGGAGCGAUAUUGUACAGUAUAUUCUGGUGCUGGCAGCAGAUUUGAUUAAUGAUGCCCCUUCACUUUCGUCCGCCUUGAUCGCUCAUCCUAGCCCAUACAAGCCAUUCCUCCCUCUACUGCGCCAGUCGACAAAUGCCGAGGAUCCGAUUCCGCUACUCACCUCUACCUUCCUGACGAACCUUGUCUCGACGAGUAUUACAACCUCCUCAAAGUCGACCCCGCAGGAUGAAGAAGCGCUUCCGCAGCUUUACAGCUACCUGUCCACUUUGACCCAGCACCAGGACAGUGGGCUACAAGAUAUUGGGGUACAGGGGCUUUCGGCGUUGCUCCGAAGCUCCAAGGCUCGUCAGAUCUUCUGGGCGCAGCGAAAGGAGACGGUCGAUCCCUUGAUUGAGAUCUUGCGUGCCGCCGCUGGUGCGAAGGAUAGCAGCUCCAGCACCCUGGCUGGUAGCACGCGAGCUGCUGCCGAUGUAGGGAUUGCGGGUGGCGUUGGCCUACAGCUCCUGUACCGAGUGCUUCUCGUUCUCUGGCAACUCAGCUUUGAAGGCGAGCUUAUCGGGGAGGACUUGCAAGCGUGA